AACAAUAGGACGCAACAAUUUCAGUGAAAAGUAAAAGAUCCGUCCAUUAGUGCGCUCGUAUUUCGGCUGUCCGUCAAAUUUAAAAUCUAGAAGGACAUUCUCCCAAGUCCCAACCACCAUUGCAGGAGAACAGAAAAUGAAUCUGUUGAUUAAAUUCAUCAAAAUAGUAACACUGCUACAACUUUCGUCACUCCCUAUUAUGCUCCAUGGCGAACCAGGCAAACGAAUUGUUUGCUCGUUUCCCAACUGGGCAAUUUAUCGCACAAAAUCUGGCGGGGCUGUGCAAUACACCGUUGAUAACAUCGAUCCGACAAUGUGCACCCAUGUGUUGUAUUCAUUCGCUCUUCUUGAUAAAUCAACCUUCAAGAUUGCAAUCAAAGAUCAGCUAGUCGACAUCGAAAACCAAGGCUACAGCAAAUCUGUAGCCCUGAAAACCCAAAACCCUCAACUGAAGGUGAUGAUUUCACUAGGAGGUUGGGCGGACGCUAACGACGGCUCUAAAAAGUACGCUGCGCUGAUUGGAAACGACUCCAACAUCGACACAUUCGUCAGCUCAGUCAUGGAUUUCCUCCAGCUCCAUCAUUUCGAUGGCUUGGAUUUAGAUUAUGAUUAUAUACCUAAUGCAGUCGUCAAGACGAGCUUCGCCCGGUUGCUCGUCGCACUGAGUACCGCUUUCAGUCCGAAAGGAUAUCUACUGAGUCUAGCCCUUCCGGCAGCUCCGUCGGAUUAUUCGUCAUCCAUCGGCGGAGACUAUGACGUGUCAAGUUUGAACGAAAAUGUAAAUUUUACUAAUCUGAGAACAUUUUACUUCCACGGUUCAUGGGAACCGACAGUAGCCGAUCACCAUUCUCCCCUGCUGAAACGUCCGUGGGAGCAGACUAACAAUCUAAACGCCAAUUUUGCCGUAACCUAUUGGACUAAUUUAGGUUUGUUAGCGUCCAAAAUCAAUCUGGGCAUACCGCUUUUUGGACUCAGUUGGACCCUACCACGAUCGCUGUCGUCGGAUAGCUUUAUCCCGCCAGCAAUAGCUGAGAAAGUUGGACCGAGCGAAGCAAAAAUGGCUUUCUUUGAAAUUUGCUCCUCUGUUCGCAAAAAGGGUUGGGAGGUAUUCCAAGAUCCCUCUCAAAGGAUCGGUCCCUACGCCGUGUCUCCAACUGAUCCAAAGACGUGGGUUGGUUACGACGAUCCUGCCAUGGCAAUUGUCAAAUCCCAAUUCAUUCUAUCGAAAGGAUUGGGUGGAGCCUUCCUCUGGGACAUUAGCAACGACGACUUUAAGGAUAUUUGUGGUCUUGGAGUCAAUCCCAUUACAACGGCCAUCUACCACACCUUGAACGGUCUUAAUACCACAUGCGACUGCGUAUGCUAUGACAAUUAAAUUAGGUGUAACGAUGUAGGCCUAACUAAUGUAUGACCAAUCCCGAAACAAGUAAAAUAAAAUAAGAAAUAAUACCGAAUCCAAUAUUCAAGGUGUUAGUAGCUCAAUUCAGAUUCGUUGCAUGUUUUAUUACUAAGAACAGUUUCUCUUACUUGUCUCUUAUUGUUACCUAGUUUCAAUAAAACAACUCAAAAGUG